GGACUUCUUUGAGCUUGUAACGACUCAUCUCUCUCUUUUCUCUCACACGCAUACAUCUCACUGUAUCUAUUGGCGGAGGAGAUGUCAACGUCGGCGAGCUUGGCGGAGAGACGAGGGAUACCGGCGGCGGCGUUUGUUGAAGAUGUGCAAACUUAUCUGUCUCAAUUGAAUCUAGACGUCAAUUCCGCCCUCGCAUUUUUGCAAGAGAGACUUCAGCAAUACAGAGUGGUGGAGAUGAAACUUCUUGCACAGCAGAGGGAUCUUCAGGCAAAAAUCCCCGACAUUGAGAAGUGCUUAGACGUUGUUGCCACUUUGCAAUCAAAGAAGGGCACUGGUGAGGAACUUAUUGCUGACUUUGAAGUCUCUGAAGGAAUCUACUCCCGGGCUCGUAUUGAGGAGGCCGAAUCUGUCUGUCUAUGGCUUGGAGCGAAUGUGAUGCUGGAUUAUUCUUGUGAAGAGGCAACCGUCCUGCUUCAAAAGAAUUUGGAAAAUGCAAAAGCAAGUUUAGAAGUUCUUGUAGCUGAUCUGCAAUUCUUAAGGGAUCAAGUGACAAUUACUCAGGUCACAAUUGCUCGUGUGUAUAACUGGGACGUACACCAACGUAGACUGCGGCAAGCCGUUGCUACAACCUCAGAGUCAUGAAAGUUGUCGAUGCAGCGGCAGUUCUCCGGCUUCUCGUCUAGAUUACAGCUCGAGUCUCCCCUGUUUCUUGGCCGGUUGAGUCGUUACGCGGUAGCAGUAUUGAGUCAAUGAAGCUUGGGGUCCUUUUUGUUGGUCUUGAAAAUAUUUGGUGUGGCCUUGUUUCGUGGCUUACAAAUAGUUAAACUUUAUCCGAGCAUAUGAUUGAAUAUGUUGACUUGUGUUGUUGUAAUGCGAAGAUUCCUGCAUUUUCUCAACUUAAUGUAUGAAUCAUUACAUGUUC